AUGACUGUAAUUCUGGUUUAUGUUGAUGAUAUAAUCAUCAUUGGAACUGAUGUUUCCACCAUAGAGUCCAUUAAACAAUUCCUUCAUAACCAGUUCAAACUCAAAGACCUCAGUCCUCUACAAUACUUUUUGGGUCUUGAAGUUGCAAGAUCUAAAAAAGGAAUUUUUUUAUCUCAACAAAAGUACACGCUGGACAUUUUAGAAGAAACCGAACUUCUCGGCACAAAACCCGUAUCUUUCCCUAUGGAGCAAAACCUUAAACUCACUCUUGAUGAUGAGCCUCUCUUCUCCGAUCCUAGUUCUUAUUAUCGACUUGUGGGGAGGCUUAUUUAUCUCACCAUCACUCGACCAGAGAUCACAUUCUCUGUUAAUAUUCUCAGCCAAUUUAUGCGCACACUACACCAAUCGCACAUGGAUGCUGCAUUCCGGGCACUUCAAUACUUAAAGCUCAAUCCUGGCAAAGGCAUCCUCAUGCCAUCGCCCAAUAACCUUCAGUUAUUGACCUUCUCUGAUUUCAAAUUGGGCAUGUCAUGA